CACCCAUGUUUCUCUGUUACUGUAUUUGAUUCCUGAAGUUGAACCAUGUCAAGAAAUCAAAUCUAAGCUAACGUGAGAUUAGAGGAAUGUGUGGUAAUGGCGAUUACCAAAUUGAAUUUACGUGUCAAUUCUAGUAACAAAUUUGCAAAUGAAUGGCAAGAAUUUCAACACGAGAACUCUUUAGAUUUAGAUCUUUACUACCCUCCACCAAACUUUACCACUUCUCUUCAUUGUCUUCUUCUUCUGAUUAUAGUGAAGAUAGAACGCUUUCUCUCUUUAAAGCGUGUCAAAACAUAAAACAACUCUUUCAAAUCCAAUCUCAUUUGAUCACUUCUGGUCUUUUUUUCAACGGGCCAUUUUGGACAAUCAGGGUUCUAAAACAUUCUUCGGAUUUUGGAAAUCUAGAUUACACUAUUUGGGUUUUUAAAUGCAUUGACAAUCCUGGUACAUUUGGUGUUAAUGCUGUUAUUAAAGCAUACUCGAAUAGUAUUUUUCCUAACCAAGCGUUUUUUUAUUUUAAUAUGAUUGAGAAUGGGUUUAUACCAAAUAGUUAUAGCUUUGUUCCUCUUUUGGGCUCCUGUUCGAAGAUGGGAUGUAGUGGAAGAGGGGAAAUGUGUCAUGGUUUGGCUGCGAGUGUGAAGAAUGGGGUUGAUUUUGUAUUGCCAGUGCAGAACUGUUUGAUUCAUAUGUAUGGUUGUUUUGGAGUUAUAGAUUAUGCUGCGAAGGUUUUUGCUGAAAUGUCUCAGAGGGACUUGAUUUCGUGGAAUUCACUAGUUGAUGGGUGUGUGAGAGUGGGAAAUUUGCGGGCUGCGCAUCAACUGUUUGAUGCAAUGACUGAAAGAAAUGUGGUUUCUUGGAAUAUCAUGAUUGGUGGUUAUUCAAAGAGUGGAAACCCCGGCUGCUCUUUGAAGUUGUUUAGGGAAAUGGUUAAGACUGGGUUUCGAGGAAGUGAUACAACAAUGGUGAGUGUGCUCACUGCUUGUGGUAAGUCAGCAAGAUUGAAGGAAGGAAGUUCGGUUCAUGGGUUUAUCAUCAGGGCUUCAGAAAAAUCUAAUGUAAUUCUCGAUACAUCGCUGAUAGAUAUGUAUAGUAAAUGCUGUAAGGUAGAGGUAGCGCAAAGAGUGUUUGAUAAUAUGGAAAUUAGGAAUUUAGUUUGCUGGAAUGCAAUGAUUUUGGGCAACGGAAAACCAGAAGCUGGACUUAAAUUAUUUAUGGCAUUGGUGGAUCAGACUGGAGCAGAAGGAAAGAGCAUUUCUCCAGAUGAAAUCACUUUCAUUGGUGUUCUGUGUGCUUGUGCGCGAGCAGAACUGUUGACAGAAGGAAGAAGUUGCUUCAAUCAGAUGAUUGAUUUGUAUAAGAUAAAGCCAAAUUUUGCACAUUUUUGGUGCCUCGCUAACCUUUACGCUGGUGCAGGGCUUAUAGAAAAAGCUGAGGAAAUGAUAGGGAAGAUGCCUGAAGACAAGGAAUUGCCAUCAGAAUCAUUGGUGUGGGUCAACAUACUCAGUUCAUGUUGUUUCCAAGGAGAUGUGGCUUUAGGGAAAAGAAUAGCAAAAUAUUUGAUAGACAUGGAUCCUCAUGAUUUCUCUUACUAUCGGUUGCUACUGAAUAUCUAUGAUGUGGCAGGUCGGAGGGAGGAAGUUGCUAUGGUAAAAGAGCAAAUGAAAGAAAGAAGGAUGGGAAGAAUACCCGGAUGUGGUCUUGUAGACUUGAAAGAAAUUUUUCACAAGUUAAAAUUGGGAUGUUUUAAGGAGAGGAAAGGAAGGGAAGGUCAACAUGCAGAAAUCAAGCUUGGUGACUGAUAUUUCAGAGCAGCAGCUACUGCCUGAGAAAGAGAUUGGAAGUUAGCAUCAAAACCAAUUUUGGUGAGGAUAUAGGAUACAGUACUGAACAGUGUCACUGUUGUCUCUACACGUUUCAUUACAGAGUGAUCUCUAGGGAGAAUGAUUAUACAGAAAGAUGCCAGUGUCUUCUAAAAGUUCUGAAUAAGAUUUACAAUUUUGAUGGGGCUAAUGAGUGUAGUUGAUGCCCAGCCGAGUGUACUCAACAUUAUUUGAAGAGUUUUGGCAAUUAUCAGUCGCUUGUGUUAUACAAGAUGUGAGCAUAAUGAGGGAAAACAGGCCUCGCGUUCAGCUUUUCACAACAUGUAUCCGCAAGUUGUAGAAGGGAUUCCAGUUUUUUGACAUGAUGGUAUCUGAUUCUAAGUCAAUUUUUUCUCGCUAAUUUCAUCUUGUUGUAGAUUAAAUUUAUUCUUAAUUUGAUAAUAAUUCGGUCCUGUUUGAUAUGGACAUGGAAACAAUGUCAUUUUUUCAAUGUAGUUAUCGCUAUGGACAGAAGUAAAACUGUAGGCUGUU